UUUGCAUUUUCAAUAUAUAAAAACGACGCCGUUUGAUUUCGUUGUAAGUAUUUGUGGGCAGCAAGGUGAGGCGAACCGCGAAACGAAAGAGAAUGGAGAAUAGGGCAAUAUUACAGGAAUGGUUUGACCGAGUUGACUCGGAGAAAAGUGGAAGUAUAACAGCGGUGCAGCUCAAGACAGCUCUAGGUGUGGGCAACCUGGAAUUUCCACUCUCAGUGGUUGAGCAGAUGAUCAGGAUGCACGAUUUCGACAGGAAUGGAACUAUGAGCUUUGAAGAAUUUGUUGCACUCAACAAGUUCCUUCUUAAGGUUCAACAUGCAUUUUCUGAUCUAGAGAGGGGUCGUGGUUUUCUUGUACCUGAUGAUGUAUUCGAGGCUUUGGUCAAAAUUGGUUUCAUGCUGGAUUCUCCUGCUUUUUACUCUGUCUGUGAGAGCUUCGAUCAAAGUAAAAAUGGGAAGUUUCGGCUGGAUGACUUCAUAUCAAUCUGUAUAUUCUUACAAUCAGCACGGAAUCUAUUUCAUUCAUUUGAUACUGCAAAACAGGGCAGAGUUACUCUUGAUCUGAAUCAAUUUGUCUAUUGUACUGCCAAUUGCAGAAUAUGAUUCGAUAAUAUGACGGCUUGUGAAGAUGAUUCACAAAUACUGCACUUUGUAAAAUACCAAAAAGUCAUCUUCGAAUGAGUUAAAUCGUGAUGAUGUAUAAGAUGAAAACAUCUCGAGUUUGGAUACUAUUUGCCAUCUGUUUGCAAAAUACUAUUUUUUUUUUCCUUUUCUUUUUGAUAAUAUAUUUUGUUUAUAAAAACUUGUUAUAAAACAUCUUGACUUAUGAUAAGUUGCGAAGAUGAUUCGUAGAGUUUUACAGCCAAUCAUUAGUUGGAGAUAAAUUUGAUGUA